AUGGAAGUGUUCCAGCAUCAGCUACUCAGUCUUGCUGGGGCUCUGAUCUGUUUCUGUACUCUGAUAAAAUGCAUCAGAUUCAUGUGAGACCUUUUUCCAUAUGUCUGAAGUUCUUUGCCUUAGAUUUUCUUUCAGUCAAUGGGAGAAUGGGCAGUGGUCACAGGAGCAAGAGAUGGGAUUGGAAAAGCAUAUUCCUUUGACCUGGCAAGAAGUGGAUUAACUAUAGUGAUGAUAAGAACUUUUGAAAAACUGAAUUUGGUGAGCAUUUUUAAAGAGCUGGCCACAGAUCAAAAGGUGAAGGUUAUACAAGCUGAUUUCACUAAAAAUUCAGUGUACAAGAACAUUGAAAAAGAUCUGAAGGACUUGGAUACUGCUGUUCUGGAUCACAAUGUUGGAAUGCUUCAUAAUCCUCUUCCAUGCCAUUUCCUUAAUGGGCCAAACAUAGAAGAGGACCUUGUCAACUGCAAUAUUAUUUCUGUUCCAGGGAGAUUUCCAGCAGAAUUAAAAUUUUCAAGACAGUUGACAAGAAUUGUUUUGAAACAGAUGCAAGCAAGUCAGAAAGUUCUAAUUUUGAAUCUGUCCUCUGGUUCGAGUACUUUCCCUUGUCCAUUAUAUACAAUGUACUCAGCUACUAAGGCUUUUAUUAUUCUACAACCACUGCAAGCAGAGUAUAAGGCAAAGGUAAAUAUCAUACAGAUAGUGAUUCCUUAUGGUGUUUCUGCUCCAAUGACAAUGUACCAAAACCCUAGUGUUAUUACAAAGACAGAAGAAGAGUUUCUUAGUGAAUCACUGGAGUAUGUCACCUUUGGAGAUGAGAUUUUUGGAUGUUUCACCCGUGAAAUUUUGAUUGAAUUUUGUUGUGUGUAA